AAACAGGCUUCGUGUCGUGUAUUUAUUUACAUGUAAGAAAACAUAAUUUCUUUGCUUUUAUUGCUCGCUUAGUGGUGGAGGGAGAUCAGAGUUGCGUGUAAUAUCAUUGAAAAAUACGUCAACAACUCAGUUCUCUUUUAGAAGUUGGACUGUUGAGUCCCGUACCGUAUCUCAUUAGUAUACGUAUCGCAUUUAGUUUAGAUUUUUUUUAGUAUAGUUCCGUAACAAUAAUCAUCAGCAAAAUGAAUCGAAAAUUUGUAAACGUUAUAAUCCUUGGAUUUGGGUUUAUGUUUGUCUUCACUGCGUUUCAAACUAUGGGAAAUAUAGAGAAAACAGUAUUAGACAGUAUAUCACACGAUGAUCCGGGAUUCACGGGAGAUGGCUACACGUCUCUGGCCAUCAUCUACGCAACGCUGGCCAUAUGUAACUGGAUGGCGCCUUCCAUCAUCACGAUCACAGGACCAAGAGGAGCCAUGUUUAUUGGUGGACUGACUUAUUUGUUCUUCAUCGUGACUUUCUUGUUCCCUCGCACGUGGCUCUUGUACGUGGCGAGCGUGUUGAUCGGCGCCGGCGCAGCUGCUAUAUGGACCGGCCAGGGCAACUAUCUGACACUCAACAGCGAUGCCGAUACUAUAUCCAGGAACUCAGGAGUCUUCUGGGCUAUGUUACAGUGCAGCAUGUUUUUUGGAAAUCUUUUCGUAUUCAUUAAGUUCCAAGGCAAGACUCAGAUUGAUGCGGAGACAAGGAACGUUGUGUUCGGUGCUUUGACUGGAGUCUGCGCCGUUGGUUUGGUUUUCCUUAUGCUCCUAAGACCAGCUAAGCGCAUGCCCAACAUCGAAGAUGCCAAGGGCGAGAUAGUGACCCACGAAGUGCAAGAAAGUCCCAUGGAUGCGUUCAAAGGCGCUUUGAAGUUGUUCUGUACCCGCGAUAUGUUGUUGCUCAGUGUUACUUUCAUUUAUACUGGCGUGGAACUGUCGUUCUUCAGCGGCGUGUACAGUCCGAGCAUUGGUUUCACACUGUCUAUGGGCGAGAAUGCUAAACAGCUGGUGGGCUUGUCAGGCGUCUUCAUUGGUAUGGGAGAAGUGCUCGGAGGUGCUCUCUUCGGUAUUCUCGGCGCAAAAACAACUCGUUGGGGUCGCGACCCGAUCGUCAUCAUGGGCUACUUCAUUCAUUUAGGCAGCUUCUUCCUAAUCUUCAUCAAUUUGCCGACCGUGGCGCCAUUUGGAGACACCAAUGAGGUUUCCUACAUCACCCCUUCACCGCAGCUAGCGAUGUUCUGCAGUUUUCUACUAGGAUUCGGAGACGCAUGCUUCAAUACUCAAAUAUACUCGAUUUUGGGAGGCAACUACUCCGACAACAGUACCUCAGCUUUCGCACUGUUCAAAUUUACUCAGUCCCUAGCAGCGGCAGCAUGUUUCUUCUACUCAUCAAAGGCGCUGCUCUCCGUGCAGCUGAUGAUUCUGGGCGUCCUAGCGACACUAGGUACUGCGUGCUUCUGCCGUGUUGAAUGGGCCGCUAGAGCUCGCGCACGCGCCCUAGCGAUUGACGCCGACGACAAGUCAUCACCAACCACCCACGCUCUUGCAGAUAAUGGACUCCACUACGACUGAACAAACGAUACAGCCAGUGACGGAUUAAACAUGCGCGAGUCGCGUAGCAAAUUCUAAUUAAGGCCCCCUCGAUCUUAUAAGUUUUAUGGUGUUUUGGGGUCGGUAGUACUGAGGGUCUUUUGCUUUGCUAGAUGGCGCUAACGAAGAGAGUCUUGUUCCUAUAACUGUUAAAAUUUUAAUGUUCAAAUGAUGAUUGUAUUUCAGCUAAUUUGACAAGAGACAUUAGUUACCAACUUUAGAGGCCAUACGCUAUAACCCUCAUACUACUCUUACCUCGUGGUUAAUCCGGCACUGGAUACAGCCUAAUGUUACUGGUUUUAGAUACAGUAUACUCCCUACAUUUGUUAUGAAUUUGUACGUAGAUUUUUGCUAUAUGGUGGAAGUAAAGUACAACUCGAAUAUAGCAUCACGAUCACUUCAUGUAAAUAGGUCUUGCUUCCUAACUUAGUUUGGCUAAGUUAUGUUCCUGUCACAUUUUAUAUUUGUUUCGUGUACUCACAAGAUACAGGCAGGAAUAAUUCUUAGUCAAAGUGCUAUAAAAAUAUAUCGUAUCUCGGUUCAAAAAAAUAAAUGAAGAGUAAUCUUGACGUUUCUAAAAUCAUUAAUUUAAGGCUUGUGUAAUAUAUGACGGAAAAAUCGGCUGACUACCGCAGCAGGCACUAACUAGGCAGCCCUAGAAAGAAUUGUACAUAAGAGUAAAGCUAUUAUUUUAAGAAAUUAAUUUAAAUUAUAACAAAAAAUGUGUACAAUCGUCGUCAGAGAUUAUAAACAUUGUCUAUGCGCCUGCAUGAUUUUUAAACUUUGGAAAAAUCCGUUACGUUUUGAAUUUCGAAGUGCAAGCGCAAUGACAAUUUAAAUGUCGUUACUUAGUAGACCUAAUUUUAACAAGAAUUUUAAAUGAUUAAUGUGAAGUAUUGAUAUUGAAUAUCUUUUACACAUAGUAUUCAAAAUAAAUUUUGACUAACGUAAUAAUAUCAAUUAAUUGUAUGUACAUUGUACGGAAGUAUUAAAUACCAUGUUCUAUGUUAGGCUAAAUUUAUCUGACUACUAAAGAUUGAGUUUAAAGAAAUAUAAUUACGAAAACAAUCCCUAAGUUGGCUGUGUCAAAUGUAAUAAUCUCCAAAUGUUUGUAGGAUUAUUUAUAAUAAUCCUUUACCAUGAUAAUUUAAUGAAAAUAAUGAUAUUGUUUCAUUCAUUGCUAAUGGUUGGCAUGUAAUGUAGAUUGUAAGCAAAAUACAGCAAGCUUUAAAGUGAGGGAUGUAUGUAGAUGUAGGUGACUUCCAUUUGCGGUGGACUGUACUCACUGAAUGAAACAGGGAAUUAAAUAAUUGUUUUUAUCCUCUUUUUUAUAAACCUCUAUAAUGCAUUUUGUUUUGAUUUCAUCAACAAUGAAGUGAUUAGAAAUAUAUAUGUAUAUUUAUGUAUGAAAGGUAAUGUGUGGUGCUCUACUCACGGCUCAGUGAGCGUAAAUUAUAUUUUUUAUAAAAAUAAAUGUAUGUUAUAUGUAUAUUACGUACAUGGGAACUAUGAAAUUGUUUAAGGACAUCUAGUCACAAAACUUGAGGCGUAUAAAUGAUAUCAUGGUACUUGAAAUCGACUAUUGUAUAACACAUUCAUAGAUGACAUUCCUUAUAAUGUUUUUAUCAAUUUUAUUUUAGUUUUUAGUUAUUUAGUAGAUAUAUAAUUUUAUAUUUUGUUAUUUUUUUAUUUUCAUGCUUUUAAUUUAACAUUCCAUUUUGUCUACCUAGAUGCCUAUCUCAAAUUAAUAGUAUUCCCUGCAGUUACUAUCUAGUCUUAUUCCCCUAUUCUAAAAUAACAGUUGACUAUACUUUUAAACAUUUCAUGAAAUUAUAUGUGAAAUAAAAUAUUUUAAUAACUA